GCGUGCGCCUGCGUACCGGAGGCCGGAGGAGUCUUACCCUAAUGUAAGAUGGUGGCCCGUCUGGCUGUGGAACCCACCGAAAGCUGAGAGUCUCUCUCUCUCACCCGUAAAGGUCGGACUCGCUGAAGCAGUCAGGCCCGGUUCUCAAGAGUUUUGUCGCUGACGCUCGUUCUUUGGUCUCCGGUGAGGACGCGGCAGCGCGUGGAGUCAGCUACGGGAAAAGCAAGGCAAGGCAGGCGGGUCUUCAAAGUUCUACAUUUUAGCUCUCAGUGCUGAAUUUCCUUCUCCCUUAAAUUAUUAUAAACAUUUGCUGCUGUUCAAUAAACGUGAAGAUGUCUCGCAGUCCUGAUGCAAAGGAAGACCCUGUGGAAUGCCCUCUUUGCAUGGAGCCCUUGGAGAUAGACGAUAUCAACUUUUUCCCUUGCACCUGUGGCUACCAGAUUUGCCGAUUUUGUUGGCAUAGAAUUCGCACUGAUGAGAACGGGCUUUGUCCUGCGUGUAGAAAGCCAUAUCCAGAAGACCCUGCAGUUUAUAAACCACUCUCCCAGGAAGAAUUGCAAAGGAUAAAAAAUGAGAAAAAACAGAAACAAAAUGAGAGAAAACAGAAAAUCUCAGAAAAUCGCAAACAUUUGGCUAGUGUACGUGUGGUACAAAAAAACCUCGUCUUUGUAGUAGGUCUGUCACAGCGCCUAGCAGACCCAGAAGUUUUAAAACGACCAGAGUAUUUUGGGAAGUUUGGUAAAAUACAUAAAGUUGUCAUCAAUAAUAGCACAUCAUAUGCAGGCUCACAGGGUCCGAGUGCCAGUGCUUAUGUAACCUAUAUCCGGUCAGAAGAUGCUCUCAGAGCCAUACAGUGUGUCAACAAUGUGGUGGUAGAUGGCAGAACACUUAAGGCAUCUUUAGGCACAACAAAAUAUUGCAGUUACUUCUUAAAGAAUAUGCAGUGUCCAAAGCCUGACUGCAUGUAUCUACAUGAAUUGGGGGAUGAGGCAGCCAGCUUCACAAAAGAGGAAAUGCAGGCGGGUAAACACCAAGAAUAUGAACAGAAGCUACUCCAAGAAUUAUAUAAAUUAAAUCCCAAUUUUCUUCAGCUAUCUACGGGUUCAGUUGAUAAGAAUAAGAACAAAGUGACACCACUGCAGAGGUAUGAUACCCCCAUUGACAAACCUUCCGAUUCUCUCAGUAUAGGGAAUGGUGAUAAUUCCCAGCAGAUAUCUAACAGUGAUACGCCUUCACCACCACCUGGUUUAUCAAAAUCCAAUCCUGUCAUCCCCAUCAGUUCAUCCAAUCACAGUGCAAGGUCCCCUUUUGAAGGGGCAGGAACAGAGUCACAGUCAUUAUUCUCAGACAAUUUUCGUCAUCCCAACCCUAUACCAAGUGGGCUUCCUCCUUUUCCCAGCUCUCCACAGACAUCCAGUGAUUGGCCUACAGCUCCAGAACCACAGAGCCUCUUCACAUCAGAAACAAUCCCAGUAUCAUCGUCUACAGACUGGCAAGCAGCAUUUGGCUUUGGUUCUUCUAAACAACCAGAGGAUGACUUGGGUUUUGAUCCCUUUGAUGUCACUCGCAAAGCCUUAGCAGACCUGAUUGAGAAGGAACUGUCCGUCCAAGACCAACCUUCCCUGUCUCCCACAUCUCUUCAGAACUCCUCUUCACACACUACAACCGCCAAAGGUCCAGGCUCUGGAUUCCUGCACCCUGCUGCAUCUACAAAUGCCAACUCUCUCAAUAGCACCUUUUCAGUCGUGCCACAGAGGUUCCCUCAAUUUCAGCAGCACCGAGCAGUUUAUAAUUCGUUCAGUUUUCCAGGCCAGGCAGCCCGAUAUCCUUGGAUGGCCUUUCCACGCAAUAGCAUCAUGCACUUGAACCACACAGCAAAUCCCACCUCAAAUAGUAAUUUCUUGGACUUGAAUCUCCCGCCACAGCACAACACAGGUCUGGGAGGGAUCCCCAUAGCAGGGGAAGAAGAGGUGAAGGUUUCGACCAUGCCACUGUCAACCUCUUCCCAUUCAUUACAACAAGGACAGCAGCCUACAAGUCUCCACACUACUGUGGCCUGACAGCAGACUGAGAGGAGAGGAUUAGACUCUGGGGUGCUUGCAUGGGCAACUGGAUUUUUUGCAUGAUUCCUUUCUGAUUUUGCAUUUAAUGUAUACACCCAAAAAGAGCCAAUAUAAACGUUCCUCAUGCCUACAACUAGUGUGUACCUCAUAGUUGCUAAAGUAUUUCUUCAUUAGGCCUUUAACAUAAUUUAUUAGCAUAAUAAUUUUGGCAUUGUUUCUCAUGAGUGAUACUAUUUUAACUCACACAAAUAAACUUAUAGUAUUAAUUAUGAUCCCAGAUGAGAUUAGGUAAAAAUGUUCUUACUUGGACUCUAUUAUUGGAAAUAUACAAAAGUAAUGAUAGUUUCUUUUUGAUCUGUGAAAACAAUGGUAAUAAUCCUAAUCUGAAAUUUUUGAAAAUUUAAGAUGUCUAUUGCAUUCUUUGGAUCUUUGAGAAUACAUAUAAAACAAAAUUGGUGGUGUCAUUUAAUGCUCAGAAAGAUGUUGUCAGCAGUUGUUUUCAGUUGCCUAGAUUUAUAUCAUAUAUUAUGAAUGACAUGUAUAGAAACUGUUUUGUUCUCUCUCAUUUGCACAUUUGCACUUUCUUUUUGAAUGGUUGUUAAUUAUGCAUAGAUGGAUAAAAGAUAAUUAUUAUGCCCUAAAUGCAAUAUAAUCUCUUUUCUAAUGCACUGCCUAGUAUACCAGGAAAUGCCUCAAAAACGGAAUUUCAACUUGUAGUUGACUUAUUAGAAACCUGAAUAUGGGGUAAACAUUGUAUGUAAGUAGUAGCCAUAGUAGUGUAACGUUUUUAUUGAGCAAAUAGUAGUUCAGUGAGAUAACCUGUUUGGAAAUUUCAUUGUUAAAUAAUUGACAUGUGAUGAAAACUGGCCAGAAUAAUACUUACAGUAGAAGAGAUUUGGUGUCCUGUAAAAUUAGAGUAUAUAAGUUGUAAUAGAUAACUUUAGUUAAUCAGAGAAUAGUGGAGUACUUUAUAAGGACCUAAUGUAAAGUGAUGCUUUUGAUAAUGCAAAAUUACUUGAAAUAGUUUUAAAACCGAUAAUAAAAGAAACUGAACUUAGUUCUGAGCAGUGGACAAAAGCUGAUUUAGAAAACAUCACCAUAUUUUGCCUAAAUGAAUCAUCUUGGAAGAAAGGGAAAGUCAGACCUCCUCUUGAGAUAAAAAUUAUGUUAAAAAAUAUGCCUUAAUUUGUUAAAAAUAUGAAAAGGAUACUGUGAAUACCAAAAAGAAAUCUGAAGAUUUAACAUAAUAUUAUUAAUAAAACAUUAGGAGAUGAUGCUAAUGUUCCGUAGAGUUGGUGUUUUCAAGGUUGCUUUUCUAUCUAAAACAUAGUAACUUUCUGUUACAUAUAACAAAAUAAAUGGCUUUAUCCUGAAGUAUAGUGGAGUAAAGCGAAAAUUUAUUCUUAGAUAUUUUUUGUUUGGUUAAGGCCACAAAAGUAACAUUCUCUAGCCACCUAAGCCAGUUUAGUAGAAGUAUCAAUCUUGAGUUGGCAUUUAGACAUUAAUUUAGGGCAACAGUAUAAGAAAGUCACCAUCUUAGAGAAUACCAGUCAACUAGCGCAGACUUACUAAGCAUCAGCCUUUUAAUCAUUCAGUUUUGGUUUUCAUUUGACUGUGAAAGACCAAAACUUUGCCAUGUCUUCUGUGGGGGAAGGUCCUGGGCUCUAGCUCUUUGUAAUGAUGCCUGCUGGAUGUAGCUUACUCCAACUUUCAGUGUAAGUCUUAUUUUUAUAUGCCUGGAUCUUCUUGCAAGGCCACAGCUGGUGAUUGGCACUUACCUUUCUCACUUUGUAUUGUGAGGUAUGCUGUCAAACAAGGCUUCUUUCCUUAUCCAUCUCUGUUCUUUGUCAUUCGUAAUUAGCGCAGAAAAACUAUUGAAAAGUUUUCCCAGACUUGCCCAUAGUCCUCUGUAGACUCCCAAGGCAGUCUCCUCCCUGCUUGCUCUCCUCUCCCUCUACCCUGAGCCAUACCAUGACUCUGAGAAAUGCUUCUUGGGCAAUUAGAUCUCAACUUUACAGUUUUUACAUAGAGUGGGUAAAAAUUUAUCUUUUAAGUUAUUUUAUAAUUUCUAGACCUUACAAGGCCUCACUUUCUUGCUUAAUAUUUAAUAUGGCUUUUUAGAGGUCUUCAGAGUCAGUCAUAAUUUUACAAUAAAGCACAGAAAAAAUGAUAAAACACAUAAAAGUACCAUUUGAUAUAGUAGGCAAAUUGUAACCAAAAUGGCGGUAAAGAAUAAGAAAUUCGCAGAAGCUUCAGGAUUGUUGAUAAAUCCCUGUAUGAUGUCUCUUAUACCAGGAAACUUUUUAUGUCGAUUUUACUUCCUUGUCCCUUUUAAAGUAACUAGUCUUUUCCUUAACACAGGACUUUUUAACCUGGAGUCCAGAGCUCUUUGAAGGUAUAUAUGAAAUGGUGGGUUUGUGUGCAUGUGUAUAUGUUCAUUGCCUCUCUAGGGAAGAAGAUCCAUAGUUCCUAGGUUUAUAAAGGGUUUGAUGACACCCUCUGCCAUCCAAAGGUAGUCAAAAAGCUAAGAAAUGACUACUUUGAAAUGCUUUAAGUACCACUGUGGGCAGUAGAGUCCUGCCCUGAUUAAUUUUUAGUUCUGUGAUGUAAAGUGCCUCUUUAUUUUCUUAAAUAUUCCAUUAGAAAUGUUUUGAUUAAUAAUGAUUUCAUUCUGCAUUUCUUUUCAGGUGGUACUUUGGUAUGCUCCCCCCUUAUUUCAGCAAAACAUUAACUGUUUGAGCAUCUGUUCUGUAUAGUGUUGAAUAAAAUAUAAGGACACCAAU